UCCAAACUCACACUACAAGCAAAGUUAAAAUUCCAUACAUAUACAUUACAAUACACUACCAUUCUUUUCAGGACAACCCAACUGUUCCAUCCUAACCUCGAUGGCUCCGAUAACAAAGGUGGGUGCGGUAGCCCUCGCGGUAGCAGCCCUGCUGUGGGAGCAGGUCGCUGCCCAGUCGAACUGCAUGAGCGUGCUCAUCGGCCUGUCCCCAUGUCUCAACUUUGUGACGGGGAGCUCCUCAACCCCGUCGUCUUCAUGCUGCUCGCAGCUAGCCAGUGUGGUCCAGUCGCAGCCACAGUGCCUCUGCAUGGUCCUCAACAAUGGUGGGGCUUCGCUUGGAGUGACAAUAAAUCAAACCCAAGCUCUCGCGCUCCCCGGCGCCUGUAAUGUGCAAACUCCACCCGUCAGCAGAUGCAAUGCUGGUGCUGGUGGUCCUGCAAUGGCUCCUAAUUUGGCUUCAGCGGGCUCUCCUCAAGCUUUGCCGGGGAACAAUGACACUCCCUCCGACUCCUCCGUCACAGGGGGAUCUAAAGCGACGAGCUCUUCAAGUUCAAAUGCAAAUCCCAUGGCGAUCUCAGUUCGGUUCAUUUUGCUUUCGCUCUUCGUGGCCUCAUGCGUGUCGGGUGUCAGUGCUGUCUGACUUGAACUUGGUGAAUUUUUCUCGAUUAUAUUUCAUAUGAAAUCAUACAUUGUGUCGCAUGUGCUCGUUCUAUAUGUAGCAUCCUCGUCAAUUUAUAUGCGUGUGGUUUGAAAUGUAUUGCUUGUGGGAGCAAUUAAUAUCUCUGCUUGUUUCCUAUUUGUCUAUGAUGUAAACCUUCUUGGUUCUAUAUCCCCUCUUGAUACAUGAAUAAAAACAUCCGGUCUUUGCAUGUUA